AAGUCUAAAUCAGUUCAUGAAUAGUUUAUAUACAGAUGCAGGAGGGAGCAAAUAACGGUGUGCUGGCGUGUUCGAUCAUGACCUCCCAGUUGGCAGCUGAUCCAGCUCAAGCUGUUUGUAUGAAAAAGCCAACCAGCCAUCAUAGGGCGGUCCCGAGCUGAACACCAAACCAGUCAUCAGAGGGGGUACAUUAUCCAACACUCCCAGACCUUAACUUUUAACAUAAUUUUAACCCUGAGGAAACAGCAGCCUCCAGGAGUGAGAGAGUGUGAGGAUUACAGUAGGAGUGAUGUCCUGAGAUUACUCAGUAUCUAAAUAAAGCCCAGCACUGAGGAAGUCUGUUUAUCCGAGACUGAGCAGAGACUGGACUAUUACCUGUGAGCACAAUGACUGCGCUGUAUCACACAUUCCUGCUAUUUACAGUCAGUAUGGCUUCCCUGCAGCCACAGAGGUCUUCACGGAGCAAAAGAGGUUUGCUGGAACUAGCUGGCGUGAUCAAGUGCAGCACGGGACGAUCAGCUUUAACUUAUGUGAUGUAUGGAUGUUACUGUGGUCUCGGGGGUCAAGGGUGGCCCAGAGACAGAGCAGACUGGUGUUGCCACAAACAUGACUGCUGUUAUGGGGAUGCAGAAUUCGCAGGCUGUCAGACAAAAACGGACAGGUAUCAGUGGACGUGUGAAGAAGAGGAGGUUGACUGCGAUGCACUUAAUGACAGAUGUGCGAAAAUCCUCUGCCGAUGUGACAGGGAAACAGCCAGAUGCCUCCGAAAGGCACCGUACAACCAGAAAUAUGCUCUGUGGCCAGAUUUCCUCUGUGGAUGUAUUCAUCCUACCUGCAACAUUUACUAAUGCCAGUAUAAAAUUUGGUAAACAAAUCUUUUUGAGCUUGUAUUGUAUGUUUGAUGCUUAUUAUAGACUUUAUAUUGUUCAAAUAAUUUCCAUUUUCUACAUAAAUUUGUAUUUUAUAUUUACAUAGUUGACAUUCAAAAGUGAAUGGAUUAAA